AUGAGGCAUGUCAGAGCAACUAAGAACUCGGAUUCAGUUCAAGAUGAAUGCAUCCUAUUUUGUGAAGAGCUUGGCCAGCUUCUUCUCGAAACGGAACCAUCUCGGGACGACAGCUCUAGGCCUCUGGACGAGCUAUUGAAUGACGUUUCCUUGACCACCAAGCAGCUGUCUCCAAAACAAGAAACGGAUCGCGAAGGGGCCGAUUUGUCCGCCUCCUCACUGUCGACAUCAGCGUCAGGUCCUCAACCUUUCACAAAAGGACAAAAGCGGUACGACAAGAUCCGAGCUUUACUAAUCAGGUGGGAAGAACAUACCCUCAGUUUUGGCGAAGUGAUAAGAGCGCGGGAAGCCCUCGAAUCCUACAAUUACGAGGUGGAAGAGUUCCGAAUUCCGAAACCCGAGCCCUUGCAGAGCCUGAAAAGCAAGAUUCGCGCUUAUGCUGCGGACAUCAAGGAGAAGCCGAACCUGGACACACUGUUGAUCAUUUGGUACUAUGGGCAUGGCGGUUCAUGGCCCGAUGGUGAGAAUCGCUUGACCCUUGCCAGGUAG